AUGGCGGACUUAUAUGCCAAAUUCCUUCAGAAUUAUAUCAGUUGUAUGCAAGCAUUUGAGCUCAUAAAGAAGAGGUUAACUGAAGCCCCAAUCUUGAUAGCUUCCAAUUGGGAGUUGCCUUUUGAGGUCAUAUGCAAUGCCAGUGACACAGUAGUGGGAGCAGCCAUGGGAAAAAGAAAGGAGAAGAUAUUUCAUUCCAUCUAUUACGCCAGCAAGACUCUCAACGUAGCCCAGGCAAACUACACUAUCACGGAGAAGGAGAUGUUGGUACUAGUAUAUGCAUUUUACAAGUUCAGGUCAUACAUAGUAGGUACUAAGGAUGUUGUACAUACUAACCAUGCAGCUCGUAGGUAUCUAUUUAAUAAGAAAGAUACCAACCUAAGGCUUAUCAUAUGGAUCCUUCUACUACAAGAGUUUGACAUAGAGAUCAAGGAUCACAAGGGUUGUAAGAAUCAAAUCGUUGACCAUUUUUCCAAACUUGAGAGUUUAUCACAUGUUGGUGAACAAAUGCAUAUCAAAGAGGAGUUCCCAGAUAAGCAGAUGUUAGAUUUGAAGGUGCUUGAGUUGCCUUGGUGUCAUGACCCAAACCCGUGA